AUGAAGUUCACCGCUGCCGCCGUCCUCGCCGCCGCUGCUGGCGCUUCUGCCCACUAUGGUGGUAACGCCACUGUCGUGACCGAGGUCGUCACUGCCUAUACCACCUACUGUCCGGGUCCUACUCACAUCACCCACGGCGACAAGGUCUACACUGUCACCGAGGCCACCACUCUGACCAUCACCAACUGCCCGUGCACCAUCACCAGGCCCGUCAUCACCACCUCUGCGGUCGUCUGCAACAACAAGAACAACUGUGGCGGCAACUACAACAACAGCACUGCUCCCGGCCCUUACAACCCUACCGUCGUCCCCACCGCCACUGUUGUCCCCCCCGGUGGCAAGCCCGGCAGCAACCCUGGCGGCUAUCCCGGCGGCCAGCCCGGUGGCAACCCCGGCUCCGGCUCCCCCAGCGCCGUCCCCACGGCUGGUGCUGGCAAGGCCGCCGUCCUCUCUGGCGCCGGCCUGGCUGGUGUUGUCGGUGUCGCCGCCUUCCUGCUGUAA